UUCUUGUUACCUCCCCUUGAAUACUCUCUUGUAUCUGACCAUGAAAAUGAAACUAGAAUUUGUAGUAUUAUCAUCGCUGUUUUUGUGUUCUUAUUCGGAACUGACAUGCUCAAACGAAUCAGGACAAGAUUGUGUAGAAGAAAAUAUUCAAUCUGACGAAAAAUCAAAGUAUACAAAAGAUCCCAAUGUAAAAUGGAAGAAAUAUUUGGACAAAAUAGAGACAGCUGUUGCAAACUACAAAGACUGUGUGCAGGAUGAUUGCUCAUGUCAUUCAAGUAUUAUAGACAAUGACUUGGAGGUAUGGAAGGAUGGAAUUUCUAAGGAGGAAUUGGAGGCUGCAAAGCCUCGUGGAGCCCACUAUCAAAUAAUCAAUCAUAAACUUUACAGAGAAGAUUCCUGCAUGUUUCCUGCCAGAUGUAGUGGAGUAGAGCACUUCAUAUUGGAGAUUAUUAAAAAGCUACCAGAUAUGGAGUUUAUCUUGAACACACGUGACUGGCCACAAUCCUCUAAAUAUCAAAAACCUUUACCAAUCUUCUCAUUUAGUAAAGUGACAAGUGCAAGUUGGGAUAUAAUGUAUCCAGCCUGGACGUUCUGGGAGGGUGGUCCAGCAGUGUGGCCUAUAUAUCCUACUGGCCUUGGUAGAUGGGAUGAGCAGAGAGAAAUCAUUCCAAGGGCAGCAAAGAAAUGGCCAUGGGAGGAGAAGCUUAAUAAAGGAUAUUUCCGUGGUUCAAGAACUAGUGACGAAAGAGACCCUUUGAUUAAACUGUCGAGAAAUGAGCCAGAUCUUGUUGAUGCCCAGUACACUAAAAAUCAAGCUUGGAAAUCUAAAGCUGACACAUUGGGAGCAGAUCCAGCAAAAGAAAUAAGACUUGAGGACCACUGUGAUCACAAGUAUUUGUUCAAUUUUCGUGGAGUAGCAGCAAGUUUCCGGUUUAAACAUUUGUUCCUAUGUGACUCGGUGGUAUUUCAUGUAGGAGAUGAGUGGCUGGAAUUUUUCUAUCCAGCUAUGAAAGCCUGGGUUCAUUAUAUACCAGUAAAACAAGAUCUUACUGACGUCAAAGAGUUACUACAGUUUGCACAAGAAAAUGAUGCUGUUGUACAUGAAAUUGCUAAAAGAGGUAGACAGUUUAUCUGGGACCAUUUAAGAAUGGAGGAUGUAUCAUGUUAUUGGCUUAAACUGCUGAAGAAAUAUGCCAAACUUCAAUCAUUUAAGCCUACCAGAGACAAGACAUAUAAACAAAUUAAAUCAUAAUUAAAGUUGUUUUUAGCUCACCUGUCAAAGUGACAGGGUGAGCUUUUGUGAUCGCUUUUCGUCCGGCGUCCGUCCAUCAGUCCGUCGUCCGUAAACUUUUUCUUUAAAUGACAUCUCCUCAUAAACCACUAAGCCAAUUUCAUCCAAACUUCACAGGAAUGUUCCUUUGGUGGUCACCUUUAAAAAUUGUUCAAAGAAUUUAAUUCCAUGCAGAACUCUGGUUGCCAUGGCAACCGAAAGAAAAAACUUUAAAUAUCUUCUUUUAAAAAACCAUAAGAGCUAGAGCUUAGAUAUUUGGCAUGAAACAUCUUCUAGUGAGUGUCUACCAAGUUUGUUCAAAUAAAAGCCCUGGGGUCAAAAUUGGCCCCGCCCCGGGGGGGUCAUUGAUUUUCCCUAUAUGCAUAUAGUAAAAAGUUAAAAAAUCUUCUUUUAAAGAACCCAAAGAGCUAGAGCUAAGAUAUUUAGCAUGAAACAUGUUCUAAUGGGUGUCUAUCAAGUUUGUUCAAAUAAAAGCCCUGGGGUCAAAAUUGGCCCCGCCACGGGGGGUCAUUGAUUUUCCCUAUAUGCAUAUAGUAAAAACUUAAAAAAUCUUCUUUUAAAGAACUCAAAGAGCUAUGGCUAAGAUAUUUAGCAUCAAACAUGUUCUAAUAGGUGUCUACCAAGUUUGUUCAAAUAAAAGCCCUGGGGUCAAAAUUGGCACCGCCCAGGGGGUCAUUGAUUUUCCUUAUAUGUGUAUAGCAAAAACUUAAAAAAUCUUCUUUGAAAAAACCCAAAUAGCUAGAGUUAAGAUAUUAAGCAUGAAACAUCUUUUAGUGAGUGUCUACAAAGUUUGUUUAAAUAAAAGACCUGGGGUCAAAAUUGGCCCCGCCCCGGGGGUCAUUGAUUUUCUUUAUAUGUGUAUAGCAAAAACUUAAAAUCUUCUUUGAAAAAACUCAAAUAGCUAGAGUUUAGAUAUUAAGCAUGAAACAUCUUCUAGUAAGUGUCUACAAAGUUUGUUCAAAUAAAAGCCCUGGGGUCAAAACUGGCCCGGCCCCAGGGGUGUCAUUGUUUUUAACUAUAUGUGUAUAGUAAAAACUUUAAAAAAAUCUUCUUUUAAAAAGACCAAUGAGCUAGAGCUUAGAUGUUUAGCAUGAAACAUCUUCUUAUGGGUGUCUACCAAGUUUGUGCAAAUAAAAGCCCUUGCAACAUUGGGGGUUGGGGGGGGGGGGCCUAUAUACAGGUGAGCGACCUCAGGGCUAUCAUGGCCCUCUUGUUUGAAUGAUGAUAUAGUGAGCAAUAAAUCUAAACCAUUGAAUUACCAGUUGUGAACCAGAUAACGUUUAGGACCAUUGAAUUACUAGUUGUGAACCAGAUAACUUUUAGGACAAAAGAAUUACUAGUUGAUGAACCAGAUAACUUUAAGGACAAAAGAAUUACUAGUUGUGAACCAGAUAACUUUAUAGCAUCAUAGAAUUACCAGUUGUGAACCAGAUAACUUAUAGGAUCAUUGAAUUUCUAGUUGUGAACCAGAUAACUUAUAGGAUCAUUGAAUUUCUAGUUGUGAACCAGAUAACUUUAGGAUCUUGAAUUUCUAGUUGUGAACCAGAUAACUUUAGGAUCAUUGAAUUACUAGUUGUGAACCAGAUAACUUUUAGGACCAUUGAAUUAAUAGUUGAGAACCAGAUAACUUUUUAAAUCAUUGAAUUACUAGUUGUGAACCAUUAUUUAUGUAACACAUUUCCUACAAAACCGCCGGAUCGGUUUUGACCAAACUUUACAGAAAUGUCCAUUUCCAGAAUUCCUUGAAAAAAAUAUUAUUUAGAAUUACUGUUUUCUGUGACAUGUUAUACUAACUUUUAAAUAUAUAUAUAUAUGUAAAUAUUAUAUGGUGCUUCCGAGGGUGAGUGGUUAAGGUUGCUGACUUCAAACCACUUGCCCAUCACUGCUAUGGGUUUGUAUCCAGAUGGAGACUUUGGAUUUAUUCACGUGAGGAAGCUAUCCACCUUGUGGAAACAUUGGUGGUUCUACUCGAGUGCACUUUCAUGCCUGAAAUAACACACGGAUGGGCACCUAAGGGCUUCCUAUAGUAGUAAUGCAGGAAUGUUGCCAUAUGACCUAUUCUGUAUAAUCCCCCCUUCUCCCCAACCCCUCACCAAAAAAAUAAAUAUAUGUCAUCUUUUGACAAGGCAUAGCCAAUAUGUACCUGUAGAAUUAUUUUACACAGAAAGUUCUAUAUGCUUGAUUGGCCAAGUCUUGACAUAGUAUGCAUAAACAAAAAAAUUAGUUGGAUGCCAUUGUGUAGAAAUCUCAUUCAUUUAAUUCCAUGUUUUGACAUUUGAUGAAAUGUUGUUUAUGAAAUGGUGUUUAAUCAAAAAGAUAAGAUAUUUAUGUACUAUGUUUCUGUUAUGGAAAUAUGUAUUUAUCAUUAUGAUGAGAAAAAUCAAAUAUUUUGUACAAAGCACUCCUUUGUUUCUUUUGGUACAACCUUAAAUUUGCAGAUAUUUUAAUUUCUGAUUAAUCCUUACCACACUUAAAAAUAUCUAAAAUGGACCUGUCCAUCUUUCAAUCACAGAUGUGCAACCUGAUCUUGUUCUGGACUGGUAGCAUGGGUAAAAUCUGUUUCUUGCCAGUAGACUAAAUAUUAAAGAAAGGUUCAUAUUUCAUUGUCUUAUUAAGUGGGGUAUGAUUACACGAUUUACCAGCUCUCAAAUUUAAAUGAAUAUAUGUAGCAGUAUUGAUGAUGAAUGUCAUUAUUUAAUGUAUCUCCAUUUGUUAAUCAUUGAAAAAAUAAUUUUAUAUAGAUAUUUUUAUAGAAAUGGACCAAGUACAUGUAUGUUUAAAUUGAUAACUUUGCUCACAUGUUAAAAAAUAAAAAUAAACUCGA